UCACCAAGUCUCGAACUCAAAUUCUCUAUUUCCACUGAAUCUAAGCUUGGAGAAGGUUAAUAAUAUGGUGUUGAGGCGACGAAAACUCAGCAAUCCAUUUGCGGUAAUAGGCAAUAAUGCUCAAGUUACAGAGGCCUUUUGUGAUUAAAAUUACUUGUGGGCAUGAAAACUAGCUGCAAAUUUUUCAUCAAUGUAAAAUAUAAAAUAGCGCGCUUUACCAUUCUCAUCAAUCUCGUUGCAAGACGAGUGAAAUGGAGAAGGAGUCAACAAAUCUUCCUCUUCCACAACAGCCAACACCGACCAUAAAAUCGCAGCAUUUUUCUGAGAAUAGUAGAAUGCAAAACGAUUUAUGCUUUUACUGUAACAAGCGGGGUCACUGGGCAAGAUUUUGCCCAAACAAAACACCGGAGAAGUCGUCACCCUCCUCCAGUCGCGGUGGACCUAACAGGAGUUCUGAAUAUCCCUCGAUCGACUGUCCAUGUGGCAAUGGAAUUUGCCGCAUUUUUGUUUCUAAAACCGAUGAGAACCCUGGUAGGAGCUUCUACAGGUGCCCUGUACUGGGAAGUGGGGACUGUCUUUUUUUUAAGUGGUGUGACGAGAUUAAGAAAGAAGAUACAAUAGUCCCUCCUGAAUGUCCUUGUGGUGCAGGAAGAUGUAAGAAAUUGAUUGAAGUUAAAGAACCCAACGUGGGUCGCAGCUAUUUCGUUUGCCCUAUAAAAAAGGGAUUUGGGGCAUGUCCAUUCUUUGAAUGGGCAGAUAGUCAAUCAUCUACAGAAGUAAAUUUCUGUGUAGACAAAAGCAAAGGCUAUGGCUCGCCACAAUCUAUGUGUGAUAGCGACAAGGUUUUUGAUGUUCUGAACAAUGAUUUACAAACUAAGCCGGGUGAGAGGAUGGAAGUCACUGUGUCUAACACCAAUGAUUCACCAAAUUCUGAGGCUGUGCCUACAUCUUCUGGUCAAACUAAUGUACUGUUGAAGGAGAGCCAUGAUUCUGGUAGGACAUCAAGAAUUUUGCCUGAAAAUGAACAUCCAUCACUAUGUUUGACCUCACAAAAAGAAAAUACUGUACCCAAUUCUACCGACAGGGGUACAGUCAUGCAGGAGGUAGAGUCAUGGAAUUCCAUAGUUCAGAAAGAUUCAGUGGAUCAUCUAUUGUCACAGUCUACGAUUCAUUGCCGACAGAUGGAGUUUUGGAGGCAGAUUUCUGCUGCUGGGGGCAUUUCAACCACAAUAGAUUUUUCUUUGGAGGUAACAGAUAUUAUAUAUCAAGGCUUGGGUCUCCAAGUGCUGGGCUGGUUGGGCAGGCUUGCUUUUUUUUCUCCUCCACGAUGUUUAAAAGAUCACACUCCCAGGCCUUUCUUUUGUGGUGCAUUUCCUCCAUAUGAUCACAUCUACAUUCCUAAAGACAAUGUGCUUAAUCCUGAAGGCCCGACUUUCUUGGCAGACCAGUGCCUUUUUAAUAAUCACAAUGACAAUUUAUCAUCACCAUUUUCUGGACAAGAUCUUCAGCUUUGGAAUGGUGAUAUUCAGAAGCCAUCAAGCCUUAAACGAUCUGCCAUUACAAUGGAGGAUGACAACGUUAGAAGUUUUGUAGCAAGUUUAAUUUCAAAAUCUCUUGAGAAGAUGGUUCAGCAUAUUCAGAAUCAACUUGUCAUCAUGAUCCUGAACUCAAUCGAUUCAUCUAAUCAUGAUUGCAUGACAAAAGCUGCACACACAUUUUUACCUCUUCUAGAUCGCAUGCCAGUUGACAAUGAUGCAUUUUCUGGUCAUGUUAAGGACUUCAUUGAUUCAGCAAAAAGACUUUCUGCCAUAGAGCAGGCGAACUGCAAUGAAAAGUCCAUGCAAGAGUGCAGUGAGCUUUACAACUGUGAAAAAGUUCACUUUGAUGAUAUUUCUACUGUCCAUGAGAAGGCCGUGUCUGAAUUUACUUCUUGCAGUACACGACUUCAGUCACUUAAAGAAGAGGCUUCACAUGUUAGGGACAUGCUUCGUCAAAUUGAGGACAAGUUGUUGUGUUGUGAAGCAGAGACUUCAAAACUGGAGACUCAUUUAGAUAGGAUUAAUAGAGACAUGCUGGAGUCCAAGAGUCGCAUGCAAAAAGCGGAAGAAGCUUUGAAACUUUGCAAGCAAAGAGAAGAGGAGCGAUGUGCAGCGAAGGCCGCAUUGGAGAAGGCAGGAAUUCAACUUCAAAAAUAUGUUGGAGUAUGAAAGAAGUAUGUGGCUUGCCUUUGAGAAAGCGACAAAAACUUUGAACCUUUUUCCACAGUGUGAACAAUAUCCUAUCAGGUAAGGCAGCAUUGCAUCAACCAGAACCGUAUAGCUGACCUAGCAGCAAUGUUAUAUUUCAUCUUUAUGUAUGUAUAAUCUGUUGGGACUCUUGUACUAAGAACUAAAUUUUAGAUGUUUCUUGUGCAAAUUAGUCCAUCCUUCUCCCUCAA